AUGUCGGGCGAAUCUCCCGAGGCGCGGGAGAAGAGGCUCGUGGGGACGGUUCAAAUCCGGAUCCUCGAGGCCUCGAACAAGGAGGACAAGCUCAACGAACUGCUCAAGAAGUACCUGUGUGCUCUGCUGCUGAAGGCCACGAGCGAGCAUGCAUCAGUCCGCAAUGAGGUCAUUCAGUUCGCUUCCAAGUUGAAGACGUUGAUUAUGCACCCGAGCAUCAUCUUACCCGUUGAGGCUCUCAUCGACCAGUACCAGAAGAGCACAGCGCCAAUUCUUCGUAUGCUUGACAUGUCAUUCAUCCAACACAGCAUCGGUCGCAUGGAAGACUACGACCGCCGCGCCCUCGUCAGCAAGGUCGCCAAGGGCAUCUCCUCAUCGUCACAAGGAGCGACCCAGCCAUCCAUGUUCAAUGUCCUCUUGAAGAUUCUCCCCGACAUCAAAGUACCAUCCCGCGGUAGUGAGGAGGACAUGGCAUUCUGCGAGGCUAGCGGCCUGACCGACGAUGCCGAUGCUGCGUUCAUCGCCAAAUGGCUCGGAAAGGUGCUCCUCUUGAGGAUUCCCGGAAACUCGAACCCCAGCCGUCAAGACUUUGAGAGGCUUAACCCUGCACUCACCUCAGAGGACCUCGAGUUUCUCAGACCCGAGCAGAAGGACACCGCUCCCGCUUUUCAGAAGAUGCAGGACCUCCGACGGAAGAUCGCACAGCUGCUUGCGAGCGGCGCCUUCAAGGAUGAGGAGAGGCUUCUGCCCGCGCUCUCAGCCGCGGCAAGCCCUGAUUACCAGGUUUCACAAGUCGGCGAGGACAUCCUGAAGAGAAUGACAAUCGACUUCGAGAAGAAGGAGAUUGUCGACGAGUUAUACAGCGCCCACGCCAGACUCCCCGCACCGCAUCGCAUCCGAAUUCUCGGUCUUCUUUCCAAGUCGAAGCUUGCGACAACUAUGCAUGACCGCAUACACGCUGUCGUCACUCUUGACUUUGGAACAGAGAGUUCGUCAAAUACACCCUCACAUCUCCAAGCGGCGAGCGGCCUCGAGCGCAACAAGCUUCACAAGGCCCUCUUCUACUUCAUCAACUGGACCGCGACGCAAGGCCCUACCCUGGCUCCGUUUACGGUCGGAUCUAAACUCAUUGACAUGAUGCGCACAUACGUUGAGGACCAAGGCUGGCCGGUACCAAGGACGUUAUCCGCAGAUGAGGAGACACUUCGUGCCAUGGCGUACGAUCUCCUUGGAUCGCUCGGCAUGAACAGUCCCUUAUCUGUCCAAGACCGCGUUCAUCUCGUCGGAUGGCUCUUCCGCUCCCUCUCAGAAGAUCCCACAAAUGAGGCGGUUGUUAACAUCGAGGGCUCGCUGUCGGGAUUGACCAGAAGCUUCCAAACGGCGACUGUCAGCGGCGAUGGACGAGGCAGCGGCAUGGCCAACCUCAUUUCCUUGCUGCUUCACUACAUGAACCUGUCAGAGGACGCCCCCGCGGUGCGUAGUGCGCGCUUCUCGGCCGUUAAGUGGGCGAACCAGACCAUAGCAUCGUGGGACGAGCGCGGUAGAUGGAUCGACAUUCUCGCCAUUGCCGGACGCGUGGGUGAGCGGACUGAAGUUGUCGAGGAAGGCCGCAAGGGCCUGGAUCCGUGGACAUACCGCGAUGGCGAGGACCACAAGAUGCCGGACUGGAUCAAGCUCAUGACCUACUUCUUCUGCCAGAAGAUCACCGACGACUUCACCAGCGACGACUUUACAACCCCGAAGAAGUACCAUAUGGAGUUCGACGACGAGGCGACGAUCCAGAACUUCGAAGGCGAGAAGCUCUUCGCGUACCCCGUGGCCGUGGAGUACGUCAAAAGGGCAAUGUUCGUCGCCGCUCUGCCUGACUUCCCCCUUGUACCAGGCUGGGCGGAGCACCUCGACACUCAAGUCCGAAACGACAUCAAGACGCGCGAUAAGAUCCGCGCUUACCUCCGUUCCAUCGACGAAGCGAACGCCUCACUCCUGAUCAAGAUCUGCUUCGACGGCGUGCGCCUCAAGAACAAGGAGGGAGCGAAUCCCAUCGUUGAGAGCUGCCUGAGGUCCCUCGUCGACAUCGCCGCGCUCGCCCCCUCGGCCUGCAUCAACCACGUUGCCAGCUAUGCGCAUCUCAUGCAGUCCUGCACCCGGAACAACAACCGCCACAUCCGCUUCCUCGCGGCACAGACUUGCGGCAUCCUGAUCCCUCAUCCCCUUAACAAGGCGGACUUGGACUUCCCUGACGAGGUUGCAGCGAAGCAAGCGAGGAACCAGCAGAUCCAGGAAUUCCUGCGAAACCUCAAGACUAUGAUCUUUACGUGGGAGAACUCUGUUGGGUCGCACGCGAAUGCUGUGGAGGGAUCCAUACAAGCUUUCGGACACAUCUUCUCUAGAGCGGUGUACUACGGCCUCCCGAUCCCGGCCGAUACUCACCUGCCGCCCAAGCUGCUCAUGGACAAGAGCCACCAUCGUCCGUCGCUGGAGGACGCCAUUCUCGACUGCUACGCCGAGCUCUGGACCGCCGGUCUCUCACAGUACAUCCCCGACAACGUUAACAACCUCACAGCGGACUACGUGAUUGAGAGACUCGGAGAAAAGGCUGCGGCAGGCAGCGACAAGGCCAUCUUCGCCCUCGGCCGCCUUGCUCUGGCAUUUAACGAGCCCAAGGAAGAGGCUACUCCAGAAGACGGUCUUCUGUACCCGUCUAGCAAGACCUCUGGCAUUGACAACGUCCUUCGCGCGCUGUUCAGCCUCCACACCAGGCGCGAGACCGAGAUCCAGUUCACCGUCGGCGAGGCCAUCACCGCCGCUAUCGCCUGCUGGGACUCCGACUUUGUCAAGCUCACGAUGAAUGUGGACGCACCCGCUGGUCCGUGGAAGAAGGAGAAACGGAGCGUGAGAAUCACUGCCGUGCUGGACAAGCUCUUCAAGGACUGUAAGACCACCAAGCCCUCCCUCCUCAAGGCGUCCGGCAUCUGGCUGUUCUGCGUCGUUCAGUACUGCGGACACCUCAACGAAGUCCAGUCUCGCCUCCGGGAGGCCCAGGCCGCUUUCAUGAGACUGCUCAGCGCCAGGGACGAGCUCGUGCAAGAGACCGCUUCUCGGGGACUGUCGUUGGUGUAUGAGAAGGGCGAUGAGGGACUGAAGCAGGACCUUGUCAGAGACUUGGUGUCUGCUUUCACCGGAAACAGCACCCAGAUCAAGGUCGAAGAGGAGACGGAGUUGUUCGAGCCCGGCGCUCUGCCUACCGGCGAGGGCAAGUCCGUUACUUCGUACAAGGACAUCGUCAGCCUGGCCAACGAAGUCGGCGACCAGAGCUUGGUCUACAAAUUCAUGUCUCUGGCGACCAACGCGGCGACCUGGUCGACACGUUCUGCCUUUGGCAGGUUCGGCCUGAGCAACAUCCUCUCCGAGUCAGAGGUCGAUCCGAAGCUGUACCCCAAGCUCUUCCGCUACCGCUUCGACCCCAACUCCAACGUCCAGCGGUCCAUGGACGACAUCUGGAAGGCUCUGGUCAAGAACCCGAACGAGACGAUCGGCGUCCACUUCGACGCCAUCAUGCAAGACCUGUUGAAGAACAUCCUCGGCAAGGAGUGGCGCGUGCGGCAGGCGAGUUGCGGCGCUAUUUCCGACCUCAUCUCGGGGCAGCCGUUCAACAAGUACGAGCGGUACUACGCGGAGAUCUGGACCGCGGCUUUGAAGGUCCUCGACGACGUCAAGGGUUCCGUCCGCGAGACGGCGUUGAAGCUCUGCAUGGGUCUCACCAACACGAUCGUGCGCCAGCUCGAGGAGGGCGGAUCGUCCUCGUCGGCGCAGGCCAUGCUCAAGCAGGCCCUCCGCUUCCUCCUCUCGCCCAGCGGCCUGGAGAGCGGCGUCGACGAGGUGAAGAUGUUCUCCCUCAAGACCAUCAUCGACAUCACCAAGAAGGGCGGUCCUAACCUGAAGCCCUUCAUCGUGGACUUCAUCCCGCCCCUGCUCGGCCUGCACAGCACCAUCGAGCCCGAGCAGAUCAACUACGCCUACCAGAAGGUCAGCGAAGACUCGCGCGACCAGCUCGACAAGCUGCGCGCCCGGUGGGUCAACCAGUCGCCCAUCUCCGAGGCCAUCGACAACUGCCUGCGGCAGCUCGACGCCGACGGCAUGAAGCAGCUCGCGCCGAAGCUGGAGGAGAUCAUCAAGACCGCCAUCGGCAUGCCGACCAAGAUCGCCUGCGCGAGGCUGAUCGGCGACCUGGUCAUGCGCCACGCCGUCGACUUCACGCCCGUCUCGUCGCGGUUCAUGCAGCUGAUGGAGAAGCAGGCGCUGGACCGCAACGACGAGGUCAGCAAGGGCUACGCGCGCGCCGUGGGCUACCUGAUGCGCAUCGUCCCGGACGCGUCCAAGGAGAGGCUCGCGGACAGGAUGGUCGAGCUCUACUUCGGCAGCGAGGACGAGACGCGCCGCGCCAAGGUCGCGGACGUCGUGCUCGGCGUCUCGAAGCUCGCGCCGGAUCACUUCAACCGCCUCGCGGCCAAGUUCGUCCCGUUCACCUACAUGGGCCUCCACGACACGGACGACUACACGCGCAAGUGCUUCGACGAGGUCUGGAGCCAGCACGGGUGCAGCUCGCGCACCGUCGCGCGGUACGUCCCCGAGAUCGUCGAGUUCGUGAAGCGGGGUCUCGAGGCGCCGAGGUGGAACCUGCAGCACACGGCGUCCUUCACCAUAGCGGCGAUGGUCAAGGCCGUCGUCGGCUCCAGCGACGCCACCGGACAGAUCUCGGACGCGAACCUGAAGGUCAUCUGGCCCAUCUUCGACAAGGCCCUCGCGGUGAAGACGUUCCCCGGGAAGGAGAAGCUCCUGGAAUCGUACCCCCAGUUCGUCGGCAAGGGACAGAGUCUCUGGAAGAACGACUCGGCCGUCGCCGCGCAGCAGUACAAGAUCGCGAUCCGCGAGGCCAAGCGCAACAACGAGGAUUACCGACCGCACGCGUUCAAGGCGCUGUGGAAGUUCGCCGAGCAGCGUGAGGAUAAGGACAUGCUCGAGGACAUUUCGACGAUCGUCAGUGGCGUGUUGGACGACAUGCUCGACGAGGACAGGAUGGACGUCGACGGGUCCGGGGAUAAGACGCGGAAGGCGGCCGUCAAUGGAAUCGAGGCCGUCGCAAGGGGUUACAACCGUCCUCAGAUGAAGGAGAACCCCGGCGCGGUGACGAAGAAGAUCCUCGAGCUGCUCAAGCCGUACCUCUCGAGCCCCCACUUCGCGGCCAUCAAGCGCGAGGUGUGGUACGAGUGCGUCCGGGACCUGAUGAAGAAUACCCCCAAGACGGAGACCCCCGGAGACAGGGAGGUUGCCUUCGCGUACCUCAAGAGCCUCGACCUCGAGGAGCCCGAUAACGGCACCGAGGCGCAGCGGACGAUGCGGGUGCACGCUCUCGGUCAGGUAUUCGAGGCGAUUCAACGCGGGGUGUUCCCGGUGGCGGCGGACGACAGGAAGGGGUUCACGGAGACGGUGAACAAGAUGCUCGCGGCGGAGAGGUCUUUGGAAGUGCAGAGGCAUCUUAAGGAAAUCUUGGGAGAGCUGAAUAAGUAG